AUGGAUUUUGCAAUUAAUAUUGUACUGAACAAGUUCAAUAAUUUUUCAGGUAUCGAUGGAGAAUCGAUUGAAGAAUUGAUCGAAAGGUAUGUCGAGCUGUAUUGGAUAAUGGUGAGUUUGAAGAUAACCAAGACAAAUGAGGAAUGGGUUAACAAACUGGAAAAUGCUUUACCGGGUGAUGAAUGGAGAACGUAUCUGUCAGAUUGGAAGACGAGAUACUUAGAAGUGAGUUUGGGUGAGUUUAUCGAUAAGAUUAAAGAGCGAGAACUUGAACUAGAAAAGAUUAGAAGUGAAGCAACUGAUGAAGCAAAAUGUAAAUCUGAUGAAAAUGUUCGAGAGGUAGAGGAACAGGUUAAAGAAAUUUCAGCGAUCAAGCUUGAGAAGAAAGCUGAGGAUGUAAAGAUGACCGAGAAGUGUUCAAGAUGUGACAAAUUUGAAUCAGACAAUGUCAAACUGCAAGCUACUUUCAACACACGAAGGUUAUCUGAUAAAGAGUAUUUGCCUGAUUUGGAGAAGAAGAUAAGAGAGACUGCUGCUGAAGAGGAACCGAAAACUGAAGAGAAACAGAAAGCUGAAGAAAAACAGAAGAUCGAGGAAGCACUUAAAGAAGAACAAAAAGAGAACAAAGAAGAAGUUCAGAAAGCUAAGACAGAAGAAUCGGUGCUAGAAGAGACUGAGGUGCUCAAUGAAGCUGAAGAUUGUGAGAAUGGUAGUUGGGACAGCCUGGCACAGGAAGAGGUUGCUGAACCCUGGUUUGGUUGA